AAUAAGCGCAUACGGCGGGAGUCGACGGUUGAGGGUAUCUUUGUGCACUGGUGUAAUACCAACUGAAGAAAGAUUCCCUUCACCCAUCCUUUGUAGCUUAGCUAGCGGUUUUAGAGUGCGCCACAUCGUUUAACACCAAAACUCAUAUCCUCCAUCUUUAAUCUCUUUCUCUCCCUCUCAUAGCAUACUCAUCUUGCUAAAAUGGCAGCUAGCUCCGUUCCAAUGCUCCAAUUCCCAGCGCAAUCCCUUCAUUCUAAGUCCCCUUCUUCCACCACUUUCAGAUCCUUUACUUUUUCACUUCCAAAAUUAACUGGAAAUUCAGGGAGGUAUAGUGUAAUCCGGUGUUCUUCUUCGAGUGGAAGAAAGCCGGAUGGUUAUUCCGCGGACAAGGAAGUGAAGACGGUCGAGAAGAUUCUAGAAGAGAAACGGAGAGCAGAGUUGUCGGCUCGUAUUGCUUCCGGGGAAUUUACUGUUGAGCAAUCUGAGAUUCCAUCAAUCCUCGUCGAUGGGCUAUCGAGAUUGGGUGUUCCUAAGGGGUUUCUUGAAUUUUUGUCUAAAAUGCUGGGCGGCAGUGAAGCAUAUCCUCAGAUUCCGGAGGCAAAAGGAUCUAUUAAGGCCAUUAGGAGUGAAGCCUUUUUCAUCCCACUGUAUGAGCUUUACCUCACUUAUGGUGGAAUAUUCAGAUUGACAUUUGGCCCCAAGUCUUUCUUAAUUGUAUCAGAUCCUUCUAUUGCCAAACACAUAUUAAAAGACAAUUCAAAGGCUUAUUCCAAGGGUAUCCUAGCUGAAAUUUUGGAUUUUGUAAUGGGGAAGGGACUCAUCCCUGCGGAUGGGGAGAUAUGGCGUGUCAGGCGGCGUGCUAUUGUUCCAGCAUUGCACCAGAAGUAUGUAGCAAAAAUGAUUGGCUUGUUUGGACAAGCAACCGAUAGAUUGUGUAGUAAACUCGAUGCUGCCGCAUCGGAUGGAGAAGAUAUGGAGAUGGAGUCCCUUUUCUCACGCUUAACACUGGAUAUCAUUGGAAAAGCUGUAUUCAAUUAUGACUUUGAUUCAUUAAGUGUUGAUGCUGGUAUAGUUGAGGCUGUAUAUACUGUCUUGCGUGAAGCAGAAGAUCGAAGUGUUGCACCAAUUCCAUUUUGGGAGAUUCCCAUAUGGAAAGACUUUUCACCUAAGCUGAAAAAGGUCAACACAGCACUCAAGUUGAUAAAUGACACUCUGAACGAUCUGAUUGCGAUAUGUAAGAGGAUGGUAGAUGAAGAAGAGUUACAGUUUCAUGAGGAAUACAUGAACGAACAAGAUCCUAGUAUUCUCCAUUUUCUGUUGGCAUCAGGGGAUGAUGUCUCAAGCAAGCAACUUCGUGAUGAUUUGAUGACCAUGCUUAUAGCUGGACAUGAAACAUCGGCUGCAGUGCUGACUUGGACAUUCUAUCUUCUUUCCAAGGAACCUAGUGUUGUGGCCAAGCUUCAAGAUGAGGUUGAUUCAGUCCUAGGUGACCGAUAUCCAACCAUUGAAGAUGUGAAGAAACUCAAAUAUACUACUCGAGUGAUUAAUGAAUCUUUGCGACUUUAUCCACAGCCACCCGUCUUGAUUCGCCGUUCUCUUGAGGAUGAUGUACUUGGAAAAUACCCAAUUAAAAGGGGCGAAGAUAUAUUCAUUUCUGUAUGGAACUUACACCGGUCCCCCAACCAUUGGGAAGAUGCUGAUAAGUUUAAUCCCGAAAGAUGGUCUAUAGAUGGACCUAAUCCAAAUGAAACAAACCAAAAUUUCAGUUACUUGCCAUUUGGUGGAGGCCCAAGGAAGUGUAUUGGAGACAUGUUUGCCACAUUUGAGACAGUAGUUGCAGUUGCCAUGCUUAUUCGAAGAUUUGAAUUUCAACUUGCUAUUGGAGCUCCACCUGUUGAGAUGACGACAGGGGCAACAAUUCACACUACACAAGGUUUAAAGAUGACCGUGACACGGAGGAUAAGACCUCCAGUGGUUCCAACAUUGGAGAUGCCACUACUGGAGGUAGGUUCCUCGGCAGAUGUCUCAGACAUAACAGAUAAAAAAGGUGAGGUCUCUGCUGCGAGAUCUUCAGUGUAGUUUUGGCCCCAAAUAAGCAUAAUCACAAUAACGCCUUACCCGAUUCAUCAAUCAUGACUCUGCUAAGUUUCAGCUCAACUCUUUGCUGGCGGGUAAGUUUUUCAUAUGGGGUUCAUCUCUAUAUUGUAAUUUGAUGAGCCAAAGAAAUAUGUUCUUUGCAUUGUAGCAAGUUAUUAAAAUGAACCCAAUUCUUUGUGUGAAUUAGGAAAUUUAUAACAGUCCAGCAUAUAGUGUAAUCAAUUGUUAUGGGAUAUUAAUGUAUAGUAUGAAGCAUGAAUCCUAAGAACAAUUUGAACUGCCACUUAAAAGAAUGUUGUGCAGCCCAAAUUUGAAA